AUAUAAAAGUGAACUAAUCAUUGAAUUUAUCUGAAUAUUGUAUCGUAACGAUAUGUUUAUAAUUCUUGUAUAGUAUAGAAAUGUACUAUACAAGAAUAUUACAUAAAUUCACGCAAUAUAGUCCAAUUUUUUUUCUAUCUAACCUAAAUGUUAUAAAAUUCACAUGUAGAAAAAUGUCAUUAAAUAUAAAAUCUUUAGAAAAAUCUAAAUCUAUAUUAAAAAAUAUGUAUUUUGCUGGUGUUAAUGCAGUUUUACCAAAAACUCUUAUAGUAAAUAAAGUUAAAUUUAAAAAUGGAAUAUUAUAUGUUGGAGACCAAAGUUUUGAACUUAAAGAAAAUGUUUAUUUAAUUGGAUUUGGUAAAGCAGUCAUGGGUAUGGCAAUAGUUCUUGAACAUAUGCUUGGCAAUUAUUUGAAGGAUGGUAUUGUUAGUAUUCCUUCUGCAUCAACAGAAGCAAUGUGGGAAUCUGAAGAUAAAUCAUAUUUUCCUUUAUUAGAAAGUGGUGUAAUAAAAUAUUGUGAAGGUUCUAUAAAUAAUCAACCAGAUGAUAGAUCUUUAGAAACAACACAUCAAAUUAUAGACUUAGUAGAAUCACUUACAGAAAAUGAUACUUUAAUUGUAUUAAUAUCUGGUGGUGGUUCUGCGUUACUUUAUAUGCCAAGACCAGUAAUUGAUUUUGAAGAUAAAUUAUAUGUAAGUAAAAUGCUUCAAAAUGCUGGAGCUGAUAUCAAAGAAGUUAAUAUAGUGAGAAGCAAAUUAUCUAUGGUAAAAGGUGGUGGUUUGGCUCGAAUGGCUUAUCCAGCUUCAAUUAUCAGCUUGAUAUUGUCUGAUAUUGUAGGAGAUCCUGUAGAAUCAAUUGCUAGUGGUCCUACAGUAUAUAGUGCUAAAAGACCAAAAGAAGUAAUAGCUGUAUUGAAGAAAUAUAAUAUAUUUGAACAUUUAGAAGGUGAUGUAAAAAAAAUUUUAAUGUCUACAGAAAGAUUUAAAGAUAAACAAUUGUUAACUAGAAAAAAACAAUUCAAACAUGUAACUAAUAUUAUCUUAGGAAAUAAUACAGUGGCAAUCGAAGCAUCUUCUUUAGAAGCAUAUAAUUAUAAAUUAACUCCUAUAAUAUUAAGAUCUGAUGUUGUAGGUGAUGUACAUGAUGUUAGUUUAGCAUAUGCUCAUAUAACAAGUUUAAUAUGUCUUGCAUUAGAUAAAACAUUAGAAAAAGAAGAAUUUUUUGCAAAAGUAAAAGAUAUUCCUGUACUUUCUUUAUCUGCUACUAAAGUAGAUGAAAUUUAUAACUUAAUUGAUAAUGUGAGUGAAGAAGGAUUAGUAUUAAUUGGUGGAGGAGAGCCAACUGUAGUAGUUAAAGGAAAAGGAAAAGGUGGUAGAAAUCAAGAAUUAGCAUUAUAUUUUUCCCUAGACUGGUUGACAAAAAUUAAAGCUUAUCCUCGAUUUUCGGAAUAUGAAGUAAUAAUGUUAAGUGCAGGAACAGAUGGUCAAGAUGGUCCAACAGAUGCAGCAGGUGCAUUUGGUUAUCCUGCUAUUGGACCACUAAUCCAUGAUAUAUAUACAAAAGUAAAAUCUAUGGCUUCAAAAAUGAUAGUUAAAGUAGAGGAAGACAAAGAAGCUAUGAGAAAAAAGAAAGAAGAAAAAGAACAAUUUGAUAUAAAGAAAUAUAAAGAAAUAUGCAAAACACAAGAAUUAAGUGGUUAUUUAAGAGCUAAAAAAACAGAAGAGACAACAGAAAAUAAAGUUAAUUCUGAUAAAGAUGAAACAAGUAUAGAUUAUGAGAAUAUUGUACUUCCAUUAAUAUUUCAAACAAUGGAAGUAGAACGCAUGUUACCUAAAAAUACUUUAGAAGAUAAUAAUUCGUAUAAUUUAUAUUCUCGAUUUAGGAAAGGUUCAGAUUUAUUUAAAACUGGCUUUACUGGUACUAAUGUUAUGGAUUUACAUUUUAUUUAUGUAAAAAAACGCAAUUGUAAAUGUAAAUUAGAUAUUGAAAAAGAAAUAUUUGACAAUACUUUAGAUGCACAUGACUUACAUAUUGAUCCUUCAACUAUUGAAACAUAUAAAAAUUUAUAUAAACGAGAAUCUUUUGAAUGGAGAAAACUUUUAGAAAAACCAGAAAUUAUGAUCAAAAAGGAUGAACAACUUAAUAUAAAAAUUAUUGAUGAUAAUUUAAGAGAUCCAUGUUGUCGUAGAGAUAGAAAAUUUCCGCUUAAAAAUCUUUUAAAGAAUAAAGAUUUUCCAUCAUAAUAAAUUUCAUAAAAUAAAAUAAAAUAUUUUAUAUCAUGUAAAAAAUUUAAAAAAUGUAUAUUUUUAUUAAAUUUAUAUUUUUUAUAUGAAUUAAAAUUUAAACAUUAAUAUAUAUGUGUAUAUAUACAUAUAUAUAUACACACAAUUUAUUAUUGAAAAUUUUUAAAAUACUGUCAAUGAAAAAGAUAUAGUAAAAUCAUAUAAUCAGCCAGAUAUUAAAAUGUACAUGUUUUGAGAAUUAAAACUGCAAUUUGAAGUUAUCAUAAAAAAUAAAGAUUUCACAUUUUUUUUAAUAUAUAUUCAGAAUCGUUUCAUUUUUUUGUUAUACAAUGUAAAGUACAAUGAAAAUUAAAUUUUAUAUAUUAACAAAUGGUUUGCAGAUUUGAGAUUCAAGACAUGUACGACUUUAAAUACAGCUAUAUCAAUUUACGUUAAUUAAUGUUUUAAUUUUGUAUCUUUUGUGUAUCUUUUUUUCAUUAAUAAUAUUAAUCUUUUUAUUAAACAUCAAUCUUAUUUAUCAUAUUUUAAUGUAAUUCAUACAAUGAUUUCAUUCAUUCAUUCAACGAUUUUUUUUUAAAAUAGAAUUAACAAUAAUAUAUAACAUAUGUAUAUAUAUAAAUACAUUUAUAUACAAUUCAUUUUUAUUUAUUAGCAAUUAAUAAAAUUAUUAAAAUUUCUUGAUAUUUGCUUUAGUUGAAUAAUAAAAUUUAAAUAAUUUAUAUAAACAAAUAAAAAUAUAAAAGUAUUAUAGCAUUGAAUUUCUAUAAUACAUACACAUAUAUAUAUAUCCACACAUAUAAUAAAUAGUCUACAUAUAUAAUAACAAUUACUUUUGUACUACACAGUUAUCUUGUAUUAUUGUGGCAUAUAUGAAAGAUUUAAUACAAAAAUUAUUAAUUUUUUUAUAUUAUACGCUAAAGAUCCCAACUAAAUAAAUGGUGUUUAACUAACAUGUCACGAACACCAUCUUUUAAAGGUUGAGAUUGUUCUUUCUUGGGUGGUAAUUCCCAAUCAGGAUUUAAAUUAAAUGCAAAUUGACUUAAUAUUCUUAAUUCACAUUUAAUUUGUACCCAGCCAGGACUGUUUAUAAAACUCCAUGGCUGAUACCUGUAAAAUUAAUAAUACAAAUUAUGUACAUAUAAAAUAAUGUAUAAAUUAAUGAUAUGAUAUGAUAUUACAAAUUAUAUGAUAUUAAAUCAUCA